AUGACCAUGGAAGCUCGAGUCGGUGUAGUGGUGGAAGGUGGACAAAGGGCACUUAAUUCGGCCACCGCCUCCGUCGUAGACGCCGGAAACAGGAAACUGUUACAGCAACCACCUCAUACGCAGACUCAGACUCAUCAACACCACCAAAGUAAUAAACAGUCGUUGAAUCAGCAGCAAGAGCAUUCCGACGCCGUUUCUCAUCUCGUCGCCGGCGGAAUUGCCGGUGCAUUCAGUAAAACAUGCACCGCUCCUCUCGCUCGCCUCACCAUCUUGUUUCAGAUACAAGGUAUGCAGUCGGAAACUGCAAUUUUGAGUAGUCCAAGCAUUUGGCGUGAAGCUUCUCGUAUUGUAAACGAGGAAGGUUUUAGAGCUUUCUGGAAAGGAAACUUGGUCACCGUAGCUCAUCGGGUUCCAUAUUCUGCGGUAAACUUCUACGCAUUCGCAGAAUACAACAAGUUUUUGCACUCAAAUCCAGUCUUGCAAAGGUAUAAAGGAAAUGCGAGUUUGGAUGUUUUAGUGCAUUUUGUAAGUGGUGGCUUGGCUGGAAUAACAGCUGCUUCAGCUACUUACCCUCUCGAUCUUGUAAGGACACGGCUUUCUGCACAGAGAAAUUCGAUGUAUUAUCAGGGUGUUGGGCAUGCUUUUCGUACCAUUUGCAGAGAAGAAGGAUUUUGGGGUCUUUAUAAAGGACUUGGUGCUACAUUGUUGGGUGUUGGUCCAAGCCUUGCAAUCAGCUUCGCAACAUAUGAGUCUCUGAAAAAGUUUUGGGAAUCGCAUAGGCCUAGUGAUUCACCAGUAGUGGUUAGUCUUGCUUGUGGCGGUCUCUCCGGAAUUGCUUCCUCGACAGCGACAUUUCCGUUGGACCUGGUGAGAAGAAGAAUGCAGUUGGAAGGAGCUGGUGGGCGAGCACGAGUGUAUAACACGGGACUAUUUGGAACAUUCAAACACAUAUUUAAGACAGAAGGAAUGAGAGGGCUAUACAGAGGAAUCUUACCAGAAUAUUACAAAGUGGUUCCUGGUGUUGGCAUCGCCUUCAUGACAUUCGAGACAUUGAAGAUGUUCUUAUCGCCUGUCCCCAAUUAA